AUGAGGCAUUUAUUAAUGCACCUUUUGUUACUAUUGAAGAGAACGAGGCAUAGACUUACUACGAAUAAACCAAUUAGAUACUUUAUACUUAUGAAUAUCACAAUAAAUAACUAUUCCUUCUUUACUCCUCUUUUUCCUUCUUCCGUAAAGAAGGCCUGCUGCGCUACGAACUUAAUAAAUUCCAUUCGAGUAUUGUUUAAUGAUGUUAAUAUAAAAUGUUGUGGUGCUUGGCACAUAUUUCUAUUAAGGAUAUGCUUCCUUGACCACUGUUUAAUAUCCCUCCAUCUGGCGGAUUUGUCAAUAAAGCAAUCCGUGGCGAAAGAGAGUCAAUUUGAAUCCUGGGGGUAUAAAAAAUUUUCAGUUAAAUUUUUUACUAGCCAAUGA